AUGAUCCCUAACCCCAGCGGAAUGACGGCCCUCGUGGUCCUGGUGGAUGGUGUCUGCACCGUCAGACACAUCACCUUGCGCGUCUCUCCGCUGCCGGUCGCUGUCGACGAUCGAAUGGCUCCGUACUCGUACCCCCUUCUCGGUACCAAACUCUCGCACCGAGCUGUUAUCGAAGGCAACACCGUAGAGCGCAAAGGCGAUUCCGAGCAGACACAGCGGGAGGAUUGGCAUGACCCGACAAAUGAACCGGAGGUGGGCUAG